AAGAUGGAGAAACAAGGCCGGAUCGAUUGCCCGGCUCUUCCACCCGGUUGGAAGAAGGAAGAAGUCAUCCGUAAAUCCGGCUUGAGCGCAGGGAAAAGCGACGUUUAUUACUUCAGCCCGAGCGGGAAAAAAUUCCGAAGCAAACCCCAACUCGCUCGAUAUUUGGGCAACGCUGUGGAUUUGAGCUGCUUCGAUUUUCGGACGGGCAAAAUGAUGCCCAGCAAACUGCAGAAGAACAAACAGAGGUUGAGGAACGAUUCGCUCAACCCCAAUAAGGGCAAACCCGACCUGAACACUGCGCUCCCCAUCCGCCAAACCGCUUCCAUCUUCAAACAACCCGUCACCAAAGUCACCAACCACCCCGACAACAAAGUGCGCUCCGACCCCCAGCGCCUGGCCGACCAACCCCGACAGCUCUUCUGGGAGAAGCGUUUGCGCGGCCUCAGCGCCUCCGACGUCGGCCAUGAGAUCCUCAAAGCCAUGGAGCUCCCGCGGGGACUGCAAGCCCUAGGUCCCGUCCCAGACGACGUCACCUUGCUGUCGGCGGUCGCCAGCGCUCUGCACGUCGGUUCGGUUCCGGUUACCGGUCAGCUUUCGAGCGCGGCAGAAAAGAAUCCAGCAGUUUGGCUCAAUUCUUCUCAACCCCUUUGCAAAGCUUUCGUUGUCACCGACGACGACAUCCGGAAGCAGGAGGAGCGCGUGAGGCGCGUGAGGAAGAAACUGGAAGAAGCUCUGCUGGCCGGCGACCCGGCGGGGUCACGGGGUCAAGACGAGUGACCUUUGACCUUUGACCCCACGCCCCGGUGGGCGCGGAGGUCAAAGGUCGCC